UUAUUCCGAAGUAGCAAAAUCCAAGCGUGCAGCUUUCUCUUUCGGUUCCAACUCUUCCCCAUACGUAUGUAUUUUUUCCACUGCUGUGCCGUGCUACUGCUUACAUUUCACGCUCCCUCAACCAAUGAACAUGAACGUUGCAGAGAGACAAAGAGACUGUCAUUCCCAGCUUCUCUCCUCUCACAACGCCCGAGAUCUUCUCAACUCUGUCGAUGCUUUUCUCUUCGACUGUGACGGUGUGAUAUGGAAGGGUGAUACGCUCAUCGAUGGAGUCUCACAGACAUUAGAUAUGCUUCGCUCCAAGGGCAAGAAGUUGGUGUUUGUCACCAAUAACUCCACAAAAUCAAGGAGACAGUAUGCUAAAAAAUUCCAAUCCUUGGGAAUUUCUGUCUCUGAGGAUGAGAUAUUUUGCUCAUCUUUUGCAGCUGCUAUGUUCUUGAAGGUCAAUAAUUUUCCUAGAGAAAAAAAGGUUUAUGUGAUUGGUGAGGAAGGUAUAUUAGAAGAGCUGCAGCUUGCUGGAUUUACAGGUCUUGGUGGUCCGGAAGAUGGCAAAAAGACAGUACAGCUGAAACCGAAUUGCCUCUUUGAACAUGAUAAGACUGUUGGAGCUGUUGUAGUUGGACUAGACCAGUACAUAAACUAUUACAAGCUUCAAUAUGGAACCCUUUGCAUUCGUGAGAAUCCGGGAUGCCUAUUCAUUGCUACUAACCAGGACGCAGUUGGACACAUGACUGAUUUGCAAGAGUGGCCAGGUGCAGGGUGUAUGGUGGCUGCCAUAUGUGGUUCAACCCAGAAGGAGCCUGUUGUAGUUGGGAAACCAUCAACCUUUUUAAUGGACUUCUUACAACAAAAAUUUCAAAUCAGUUGCCCCAAAAUGUGUAUGGUGGGUGAUAGAUUAGACACUGAUAUCUUAUUUGGAAAGAAUGCUGGUUGCAAAACUCUUCUUGUGUUUUCAGGCGUAACUAGUCAAUCUACUCUUCAUGACCCUUCAAAUAGUAUUGAACCAGAUUACUAUACAAACAAACUUUCGGACAUCUUGGAACUGCUGGGACCGUGAACCAACCAUUGCACACACCAACAUUCUCUUGGCCCAUUUAUAUAUGCUGGUCGCCUAUCUUGUGGCAAUCAUUGUCAUGAUGCUUAGUACCAUUUUCUUGUACUAGGUGGGUACCCUAUUGGUAAAAUGGUUCUCAAUCCACACCACAUUUAUUUAUGUGAUGUUUUUCAGUGGAAUGGAGUGCUGAAAUGGUUGGAGACCACAAUAAUAGCUAUGAACUCUUGAUUCAUUAUACCAAUAAAUUUUCAUUUUUAGUUA